AUGGCGUCCGCCGUUCUUUCCCUGACCACAUACUCUCCGCUUCUAGCGACGAGGGUCACAUGCAGACGGAAUGCGGUUCAGAAGACAUUGAGACAACGACCACUCUUCGUCGCGUCAGCAGUGCAAUCCACGAAACGCACGCCUGUCGCUGAGCCUGAGAAUGUCGCUCGCGUAACGGCAGACCCCGCCGUGCGAUCGACGGCAGCAGCGGUCUUCACGUCGCUCGCGACGUUUUUCUCCCCGGCGCUCCCCGUCCUUGCGGAGGAGGCGGCCGUUGAUGCCGCUGCUGACGCCGCAGCAGCGGCUCCGGACUGGCUCGGCUACGUGCUGCUCGCGAUUCCGCUGGUGGCUUAUGGCGGAUUCUACUUUUUCCGAGCUGCGGUGAACCCCAAGGCGGGUCUCUUGGACUAUGCGUUCGUUCUCGUGGCAACGGUCAUUGUCGCCAAUAUCCUGACCACGCUCUUCCUUAAGGUCCGCCUCUACUAG